AUGGAAAAAGGGUGGAAUUUGGAUUCAGGGGAGCUGGCGAGGAUUUGGAAAGGUGGGUGCAUUAUUAGGGCGGUGUUCUUGGAUAGGAUUAAGCAGGCCUAUCAAAGGAACCAGGGACUAGCUAAUUUAUUGGUGGACCCGGAAUUUGCUUGGGAGAUGGUUCAAAGGCAAGCAGCAUGGAGAAGAGUUGUAGGUUUGGCAAUUCAAAAGGGAAUAAGCGUGCCCAGGAUGUCUGCAAGCCAGAGUUUAAUGCAGGGAUUUACAAUUGAGAUUUCAUUGAUUGGGAUUUCAGCACAAGAAGUUUGA